AUUGUUCCCCAUUAUGGAGAUUGUUGGAGGUCGCAAGCAAGCACGCCAUCCGCUAUAAGAGAGCUAAAAGGGGCUAGAAGAAAGAAAUGGUGAAAUGGUGCAGCUAGAAAAGGAUGAAUGGUUAUUCCGGGGGCGACGCAAAGGACGACGACGACAACGUCGUCAAAGACAGUUGGCCCCUGCUUUCCCCACCCAAAAAACGAAGCAGACCCACGGCUGUCGUCGCCCAAGAGGACCAUUCUAUCAUCUGAUGACCCUUUCUGAGACUUACAUGCGCCUGGAUUUGUCGAAGAGGUCUUGGUAUUUGAAUUGCAUCUUUGGGUUCCAGACAGCAUUCGUGGUGGUGAAGAGGUGUCCAGCCUCAGCCAGCCUUGCAUGUGGGCCGAGCUCCAUCCCGGCCAGCAUGCUCCGCCAGACGCCUCUCCCUUUGUCUCAGACCAAUCACGGCAGAACCUUAUUGCAACAUUGCAAGGCAAAAUGCCACAAAAUCACAUCAUUUUGUCUUAGCCGCUUCGGGAGUAGCUCCGGCUGACGACAACCAAGCAGAGAACUUACGAAGAAGAAGACGCAGAAGAAUGAAAAAUAAAACGUGCGCUCUCCGCGACAGAGAAUCUAUUUGAUGAGAGUUGGGCUGGCUCACCGAAGAUCAAAUCCCCGACUAAAGGAUUCCCCCAAAUUGUUUUCAAUCUAUUACCUCACCAACCGUGCGAAUCCGUAGAGAGACUUGCAUCCAGGUGAAGAAGCACAAAAGUAAACGGGAUGAGUCGUCAAUUUAGUCUGGGGAAGACGGGAGAGGACGUGGAGGGUUCAAGACUCAAAUCUAUCGAGAUAUGGUACUGGA